UUGUCUGCACGGAAAUUACUCGUGGUGGAAUAGCCUUAUACCUCUAGUAUAGUAACGUUUUUAUUAAUUUCUCUAGGUGUAAUGUUUUCUAAAACUGCUAUAGGUGUUGCUGCUGGAGUAUGUGGAACUCUCUUUGUUGGUUAUUGUAUUUACUUUGAUAGAAAAAGAAGAAAUGAUCCUCUUUUCAAGCAAAAACUGAGAGAAAAGAGAGCUAAAGCCAAAAAACAGAAAGAAGAGUCUAAAAAGGGAAGUAGCAAGCUUCCAGAUUUGAAAGAUUACGAAGCAGUGCAGAAAUUUUUUAUCCAAGAAGUUCAACUUGGUGAAGAAUUAUUGGCACAAGGAGACAUCGAAAAUGGUGUAGAACAUCUGAGUAAUGCAGUUGCAGUGUGUGGACAACCACAACAGCUUCUACAAGUUUUACAGCAGACUCUCCCACCCCAAGUGUUCCAGUUGCUUAUACAGAGGUUACCUGUUGUGAGUCAGAAACUUGCAAGCAGUAGUGGAGGAUCAGCAAUGGUGGAAGAUGAUGUUGAAUAAGCAAUAAUCUGCCUGAAUUUUAGGGUUCCCUAAUACUACAUAUUAAGUUAGUCAUCUAGUAACACAAUAUAGAAUAACAAAAGCAUAGAUUUUUUUCAUGUAAUUGAAUGGGUCCAUUUAAUGAUCAUUGUUAUAUUCAAAUUACACUGGUUUUUAAAUUUCAAAAUCUUUACAUUGCAUGUAGCAUUGGCUAACUUUGCCUAAAAUUAUUUCUGUAACAAACAUUGCAAUGAAAUGCUUAAUGUGUAUCAAGGCUUAUGACAAAAUCCAUGUCAGUGGCAAGGAUAAUGAAAAAGUGUCAGUAGUUAUUAUUCUUUAAAUGCCAGACAUUUAUUGGAUAUUUUAUCACUUACAUUUUAAAGCAAAAAAAGAGAUUAGUGUGUUUGAAACAAAAACUUCUGAGAAGCUACUGUGCGCUGCUUGAAAAAAAAAAUGGAGAAAUAUUGGAAAUUGUAGUAUCCUUGACCAGUUUGUAUAGUGCCAAAGCUUCAUGAAAGUUUCUUGGGCACCAAGAACCUUUUGUACAUUUAUUUUUGCAUUAGUUUUCAGUACAUAAGGUUUUUGGUUUUUAAAGUGUAUAGUAAAUAUCAUACAUGAAUGAAACAAGCUUUUAUGCAAAAGAAAUGGUACAUGGAUAAACAAUUUUAAACAGAUUAAUUGAGGAAAGGUAAUAGCAUCAGGAAUAUUCCUUUAGUUGUUAUGAUUCAGUGUUUAGAACAGUGAGCUAGAUGUAUAGCCUGUUGUAUGAUACUAGGAAAGCACAUGAGAUUGUAAAAUUAGUUUAAUCACAAUAAAAGAAACUUGAAUUUUUUUUAGUUUUUUAUCCAGAGUGUUCCAGUGUAACUCAGGCCUUUAAGUAUGCCUUGAUGUUUAGUAGAACCUCUUACAAGUAUUUUGGUUUUCAUUUGGUUUGCAAGUAUAUUCUUUAUAUUAUAGUGUUAAAAGUUACUAUUUGCUAGAAGGAAAUAACUAGUUAUAAAAACAAGUUUUUAUUAACAUGAAAAACAUUUCAUACUGUGUAAUCUGGUGGUUCAUAGGUCUGAGAUUGUUUACACUGUUAGUUAAAAUCAUUGUUUAACACUGGAUUUCUGAACCAUAAUGUUUUUAAUGAACAGUAAGCAGUAUGUAAUCCCUCUCAAAAAUAAUAAAAGGUGUCUAAUGACUAA